AUGAGUCGGGAUGAACAAAGACAACGACGACAAAAAUCCGAAGAAAUACGAAAAUAUAUGAAUUUAUCGGUGAAUCCAUGUAACGACUUCUACGAAUUUGUGUGUGGAAAUUUCAAUCGUUACAAUCCCACCGAAAUACAGGUGGAUAUAUUUUCCAUGUUGGAAAAGGAAUAUGAAAAGAAACAGCUGAAUGCCCUGACACGAGAAUCUCCGGGAGAUACUGAAAUGGAGAGGGGAGUAAGGAAUUUUUAUAAAUCCUGUUUGAGUAUCGAUAUGAAUGUUUUAAGGGAUAAAUUGAAAAACAUUGUGGCGGAAUUUGGAAAAAUGCCUGCCCUGGAGGGUGAGCGAUGGAGAGAGCAGGAUUUCGAUUGGUUGAAGACAGUGGCGGAGAUUGCCCAUAAAUAUGAUGUGAAGCUGAUAUUGAAUUAUGAAAUGUCCGAUGAGGGUUUAGAUGGUAGACGUUUGCAGUUGGGCCUCGAGAAUCUUCAUGAAAGUUUGGCAGCCACCAUAAUCCGCAGUAAACAUGGUUUCAGCGAACAAAUGAUUAUUGCCAGUAAGCUGAAAAGUUAUUUGGGUUUGAAUGAGGUGAAUGCUCAGAAAGUUGCCAAAGAAAUUGCGGAUUUUAAACAGAGCCUCUCUGCGGCAUGUCCUGCCGAUGUGGCGAGUAAAGCGACAACAUUGAAUAAGAUACAACGUAAAUAUCUACCAGAUAUUGAUGUGAGGCGUUAUUUAAAUUUGGCAAUGGGUUCUAUGCCUCCGGGCCAGUUGAAAAUUGAUGAUUACCUAGCAAAUUGUCAGCAAAAUGUGGCGAAUGUAUUGAGGAGAACUUCACGUCGCACUCUGGCCAAUUAUAUUUUCUAUUUCCUCCUGAAGCCCUUUAUGAUGCUUCAUGUGCCGAGUCAGCAGCAGGAGCUGUGUAAAAUCGAAACGGCUACACAUUUUUCCAGUGAACUCGAUUUUAUGGCAUAUCGUAAAGAGGUGUCGCAGCAGAUGGAAAAUGAUUUGAAAACAUUUUGGAUUACCAUAAAGACAACAUUUCAAAACAUCCUACAAUCGCCACGGCUGAGUUGGAUACGAAAUAAUACCCGCAGGACGGCUUUGGAAAAAUUACGAGCCAUGAAAUUGGAAUUUGGACAAUAUGAGCGGAAUAUGUUUGCCGAAAAAUAUCGCCAGCUGAAGCUAUAUCGUAAUGAUUAUAUACAAAAUAUGAAAGCGAUUUUAGUGUACAAAGCCCAGCAGGGACGUAGCAAACUGAGUGUCUCCAAGACUAGCAAUAAUUUAGUGGAGAGGGAAGGUAGUCCCUUCACCAGUCGUCCCAAGAACACUGUGAUCUUCCCUGUAUCCUCCCUACAGCCCCAUUAUCUAUGGUCAGGCUCAAUACCAAAUGCCAUGAAAUUUGGCACUCUCGGCUUCCUGGCCUCCCAUGAACUCAUACACGGUUUCGAUGACAAAGGCAUUUUCUAUGACAAUCGUGGUCAAUUUAAACGUUGGUGGGACAAUUACUCCUUCUUGGACCUCUACAGUCGCAUGGAUUGCUUUACCGAACAAUAUAAGAAAUAUAAUUAUUUGGGUGAAUCACAAUCGGAAAACAUAGCCGAUAAUGGAGGUCUACGACUGGCCUAUGAAGCCUACACGAAAUGGUAUGGUGAUAAAUUGCGAUUCCAUCAAGAUGUUGGCGAAGAAACGUUGCCGAAUUUGAAUUACAACAACAAGCAAUUGUUUUUUAUUGCCUAUGGGCAGAUGUUUUGCAGUAAUACACAUUCGGAUUUGAACACGCUGGAUACUUCGGCAUUUGGUCAUGUUCCACAUAAAUACCGUGUCAAUGGCCCACUAUCGAAUUUGGAAGAAUUUUCAAGAGAAUUUAAUUGCCCCAGGGGUAGUGGCAUGAAUCCGACAAAGAAAUGUGUUAUGUAUUAG